CUCUCCGGACACACCCGCUCCUGCACGACAUAUUAUUUGCCAUGGCAUCUCCACUCAAGAGUCUGGUUUAUGAUGAUAGCAGGUACCAGAAAUCCUUCCAGCUUUUUCUGGAGCGCUCCUCUGAGCAUCAGUGUAUGCGGGACUUCAUCCACAAUAUGCUGCCAGAUAUACUGGCCAGUGUCGGAGGUGGAAAGCCCCAUCUAAAUGUCAUUGGAGUUGGAAGUGGAGCUGGUGAGAUUGACCUCGAGAUGCUCUCCCAGCUCUGUCAGAAGCACCCGGGGGUGACGGUGGAUAACGAGGUGGUGGAGCCGAGCAGCAUGCAGCUUAAUAAAUACAAAGAUUUGGUGUCAAAGAAGCCUGAUUUAGAUUACAUCAAAUUUUCCUGGAAUGAGAUGACUGCCUCUGACUUUGAGGAGCAGUGGCGAGUGAAAAAGAUGACUAAGAAGGCUGACUUCAUUCACAUGAUACAGAUGCUGUACUAUGUGAAGGAUCCUGCAGCUACCGUCAGCUUCUUCCAAAGUCUCCUUGACAAGAAUGGGAAGCUUCUUAUCAUGCUCGUGUCUGGUGACAGCGGUUGGGGAAAGCUGGGGAGGACCUACAGCAACCAGCUCUGUCACACAGAAAUAAGUCAAUGUGUGACCACCGGAGAUAUCAAAAGCUUCCUGGAUUCCAAGGGAGUGAGGUACCAGAGCUACGAGUUGCCAUCUCAAAUGGAUAUCACCGAGUGUUUCACUGAGGGGGAUGAAAAGGGAGAGCUGCUGCUUGAUUUCCUCACUGAGGUGCAGGACUUCAGUAAGACAGCCCCACCGGAGCUGAAAGCUGGUGUCUUGGACUUGCUUCGGGACCCAGACUGUAGUGUGGAGUCCAAUGGUAGAGUAAUCUUUAACAACAACCUUGGAGUGAUAGUUGUAGAUUCGCUCACUUAGAGACAAAUGAUAAAUAUAAUGAAUGUGAAAUUGCAGCAGAUAAAUAACAUAAUUGAAUUACUUAAAAAAAAAAAAAAAAAGGUUUCAAAUUGUACGGUGUAUAAUUUAUUGGAUGUAAUUAACAGGAUUUUUACCUGUGUGGGACAUGCCUUGUCCUAGAUGAUCAGUUACAUUUUCUAUGGACAGUUGUUUUGUUUCUAUAUCAAUAUUAUUUCUUAAUUCUAUUUUUAUCCUUGUGCAAAAUGAAAAUGGCUGGAUUGUGAUUUUCUUUUUCUUAACAAAUGUUGUGUCAUUGUUAUUAGCCACCCAACAUUUCCCACAAAAUGUGAAGAUUAGAGUUUUAAUCAGCUUCAGACAAGAGCCUCAGAUCCCACUGUGAUAGCAUUUUUAAUGGGCUACAGCUGGCAGGCUGUGCUACCAAUGACAUUACGCUAUUGCUCCCAUUUGAUCAUAUUACUUUGGAAGUAUAAAAAUAAAUGGAAAGUUUAACAUUUAAUUUUCUGUGGAGACUGAGGUGCUAGGUUUAGGUGGGAUGGACACUCCUGUGGGAAUGUCUGAAUUUUGUGUCUUUGAUUUUGAAUGUCAUAUAAUGAAAUUAUUAUGGAUUACAUUUACACCAAUGAGAAAAACAUCAUUAGACAAAUUAACCAUAUGCAGGAUAUGUUCAUGCUUGCCUUUCUCCUUUGCAUAGUGGUUGUUAUAAAACACAGGCUGUACAGGCGAAUUGACUGG